AAACAGCGCACCCAGUGGGCGCCAAUGGGAAGGUGGAACAACAGGUAGGCGUCUUCUAACGGCGGCUCUCAAACAGUCAGCUCUGUGCACGGAAACAACUGGACCGAACCGAAAUUGAGACCAGGACCCGAACUUCGCGGGGUGGGAACCAAUUAUUCUGUAUAACAUAGAGGUUUUUUUACGCGUACAGUCGAGCUUUUUUUUACUAGUAGAGAGAACCUCAAGAAGUCCGAGCUGAAAGGCUUUUACCCCCCAGCUCCUUUGGAAAUUCGGGAUCAGGUCAAGUCAUAUCAGGAAAGAGGUGCAUGAAAUGCUGAUGAAGCUGUUUUGUCCUCAUCCCUGAACUUGGCUCCCCACUGGGAGGAAAACCAGGACACUCUUGAUUACACAGCUGAUCGCUGAGAGGUCAGACUUUCACUGACCCAGAUCCCUCAGGAGCAGGACAUGGAUGUUCUCCGGCGAUCUUCUAUGUUCGCCUCGGAGGUCCUCGAUGUCUUUGACCGAUCGCUGACCGAGAAGGAGCUGGUGUCUCAGUCCAAAGCACUUUGCAGAGACUAUAUUCUAUCCAGGCUCAACCAGAACGGGUUGGGUUGGUCCAAGACUGAAAUUAACUUCUCUCUCCCAAAUGCAGCGCUCGCCGAGGUGUCUCUGGUGCUUCUUUGUCUUGGCGAUGAGUUGGAGUGCAUACAGCCCAGUCUGUACAGGAACGUGGCACGGCAGCUUAACAUUUCAGUUGCCAUGGAGAACGUGGUUUCAGAUGCCUUUCUCGGCGUGGCAACGGAGAUCUUCGCAGCAGGUAUAACAUGGGGUAAAGUGGUUGCCAUGUAUGCAGUAGCUGGAGCCCUGGCAGUGGACUGCGUCAGACAGGGACAUCCCACCACAGUGCACAUCAUAGUGGACAGUCUUGGACAGUUUGUCCGCAAAUUUCUCGUUCCCUGGCUGAAGAGACGGGGAGGAUGGGCAGAGAUUAUGAAAUGCGUGGUGAAGAUGGACUGCACUCCUGAACGUCCAUGGCUGUCAUCAGUCAUCGACUCCCUGAAAUAUUUUCUUACUACUGUGUACGUCUACAUCAUGAAGGAGCAGUGAGCUGCUCAGACGGAGGAGAGAACUGGUGAAAAUAUAGGACUGAAUCUCUGUCUUGUCGAUAAAAGGUGAGAUGGAAAUGCUCACUGUGCCUGAUGAGGAUUGAGCUUUCCCAGCUCUUCCCUUUGUGUUGCUGAAUGGUCACUGACAAAUGUUUCAGCAGUGUGUCAUGUUUUGCACAAGCCUGUGAGUGAUUACCCUUCUACCAAAGAGUAGUCGCUUGAUGUUUUCAGUGGAGAAUUGAGGAUAACCUUAAUAUUUAACAGUAUAAAUGUUAUUUUUCACAACGCCCUCCACCUGUUGUAUGCUUUUUCUCACUGUUUAUCAAAUUGCAGUAAACACUCAUUCUCUGAUGUAAUAUGAGGCUAUUUUUACUGCCAAUGUCCUGUGGGAGAUUUGCUCUUUUUAGAAUAUAUAUUUCCAGAGAGCUGAAGGUGACUUCUAGGGUGGAUGCUAAGCUAGCUGAAACAUUACCUGAGAGGUUUCUGGUGCCUGCAGAGGAUAAGAUUUCACCCUGCUGAGUCCACUUUCUCUGAGCAGCAUUUGGCUGUAUUGUUUACAUUUCAGGAGAUGAAACUAUUGUGCUUUUGCCAAAGCACAAGCUGUGUCUCCCAUCAAAUACAGGUGAAAGUGAUGAUGUAAAUGUAUAUAUAUUUUUUCAAUUUAAACACAAAACGUUUUUUUUUCCAGCCAAGCCCAUUUUUUUUAUAACCUUCAGAUGACUUUCACAAAGUAGAUGAUACAUUUUUGCUGUACUGACUUCAGUUUUUAACUUGUAUAUUUUAUUUAAGAUUUUUAUUUAUAUAUUUGGUGAUAACCAACAAUCGAUUCCACCGCAGCAUAAAACCCGCCACUACAACAAGCACUUCAAGAUGAAUGUGUGCAUUGGGUUUAAAGUUCAGUGUUAUUUUUGCAACUGUGUCUGCUCUAUAUUUUUUAAACCCACAAUAAAUUUCAACAAAUGCUUACCAA